AUAUAUAUAUAUGAAGAAAAAAAUAAGAAUAAAAAUAAAUAAAUGAAUGAAUAUGUACAAUUAAAGUUUCAAAUGAAUUUAAAAAUAUUAAAAUGUAUGAUACUAUAUAUUUCUAUCCCUUUCCCUAAUGAGCAGGCCGGAGGCGACGAAAGCAAGGAAAAUCUCCCUGAGAUGAUAAGGGGAAGAAACCUUGAGAGGAACCAGACUCAGAAGUGAACCUCAUCCUCAUUUGGAUUGUGAGCGGUCACGGUAAUUGGCCACUUAAACAGACUGUGUUUCCAGGACUGAGGAAUGUUGAUGGCUUUGAUGUGUGCGUCAUGGAGGUCGUAACCAAUGGCAGCUUCUGAUCUGAGGCUGUGACGGUGGGACUAGUUUGAAGCGAUACGUAUUUAAAGAAAAGGAGGGUGAAUGGGGAAAAGACACAAGGAAUUCUGCUAGAAGAUGAAACUCCAGACGUUCCACAUCUGCUCGUCUCUGCUCAUGUCCUUGCCGUUGCUCUGUCCUGAAGGAGGUCUGAGCUUCCCUCUGCAUCCCGUCCUACCUGAUUAUGAAGCUGCACUGAUCGAGGCCUGGGUGAAGCUGAUGGAGAAGAUGGAGAUGAUGGAAGCGGGCAGGAGGGCUCUCGGACCCUCUGUGAAACACCCGAUGGAGAUGACGUACUACAAGAGAGGAGAAGAAGAGGAAGACAUGGAUGAAGGUGCUGUACAACGAAAUGAAGUGCUCUCGUCCAUCGCCGGGGGUCUGCAAGCUUUCAACCGACAGAAAGGAGGCUUCGGAUUCCGUUUCGGGAGGAAGUGAUAAAGAAGGAAAGAAAAGAUGUGUGUGUGUGUGUAUAGGGAUUAGUACAUAUGUAUAUUUAUACAUAUAUAUUACAGUAUAUGUAUAUAUCUGUGUGUGUGUGUGU